AUGAGAAAAAAGGUCAAAUCAGAUGACACACGCGGAGAAUUUAAUCUGUACCCAAACAGAAAAAGGACCGUGUUUCUUGAGGCGAUUGGACAACGUUUUCAUGUGAAGAGCGGCGAGGGAUUGCAGUUCGGGUCGACCACCCAUUUCAUGAUAGCAGACGCCAUUAGAAAAACUCUACCAUGGCGCCACAGAGGAUCAAUUCGCCCUAACCUCCCCUCUUCCCAAAAAUUGUUCGACACUACACAACAAAACUUUAUCUCGGUAGUCAACCGAACCCUACAAGGAUACCUUGAUCAAAACCUCUCCAUACACAAACUCCAUCUCCACUUAUCCAGCCCCGACUCACAACCGGUCAUCUCCCUUCUCCACAAAUGGUUCCCGAUAAUAGCUGCCCUCAACAUAAAAGCUUUCAAACUCAACUUUCUUUCAUAUACUCACGACCUGCCCUCGGCAGUGUUCUUAGCCGAGUCCCUCGAAGAACUACACCUGAGCAAUUGCAAGCUGAGCCCGGUCGAGAGCGUGCGGUUCAAAUGUUUGCGCACGCUCACCCUCGAAAAGUUUAAAUUUGAUGGUGGGACAUUCGAGAAGAUAACUUGGGGUUGCCCUUUGCUCAGGCGCCUUGUCCUUACUAAUUGUUGGGGGUUGAGAAACGUUAGGGUGAGCGAGACGGCAUCGCCUGGGCUCAAGCACUUUGUAUUGCGUGAUUUUGAGAGGAUCGAAGGGCGUAGCAUCGAAAUCUAUGUCCCGAAUAUCGAGACGAUGUUAAACUGUGAAGUUACGACAUCUCCUCAGACACCCGGGUGGUCAUCAACGUGUGGGCCAUUGGAAGAGACCCAUCACUAUGGGCCGAGCCCGAAAACUUUUGGCCCGAGAGAUUCUUGCAUGAUUCGGUGGUUUCAGUUUAUUCCGUUUGGUGGAGGUCGAAGGAUGUGUCCCGGGGCCUCUUUUGCUAUGGUUAUAGUCGAGCUUGUGCUGGCGAAUUUGGCCCUUAAUUGUGAGUUUGAGUUACCAGUCGGGCUGAAAGGAGAGGAUCUUGAUAUGUCGGAGGGUGAAGGAAUUACAAUUCAUCGAAAAUUUCCUCUCAGAGUUAUUGCUAACUGUGAGUCUUAA